UCUGGAACAAUGUGGACCUUGGCACUGUGGGUACUUCCUCUACUCUGCAAAUGCAGCCUGGCAGCUCUGCCAGCUAAGCCCGAGAACAUUUCCUGCAUCUUAUACUUCAGCAAAAAUAUGACUUGCACCUGGAGUCCAGAGGAGACCAGCGACACCAACUAUACCGUGAGGCUGACUUACUCCUUUGGGAAAAGCAACUACACGGCUUAUGCUACAAGGGCUUUGUGCUCCUUUUACCCUCCGUGUGUGUUAACCCCAGAUAACUGCAGCGUGGAAGUAGAAGCUCAGAAUGGAGACGGGAAAUCGAAAUCCGACAUCACAUACUGGGACUUGGACCACAUAGUGAAAACUGAACCUCCUAUAAUUUUAAGUGUGAAUCCAAUUUCGAAUCGAAUGUUCCAGAUACGGUGGCAACCCCGUGAAGAGCUUCGUCUUUAUCAUCUAAAGUGCAUACUUCGGUUCAGGACUGUCAACAGUACCCACUGGAUGGAAGUCAGUUUCGAGGAUCAUGACUUGGUCUACAAGAAUUAUAACUUGGUCUACAACCUCACGGGGCUUCAGGCUUUCACGGAAUAUGUCAUAGCUCUCCGAUUCAGGAUCAACGAGUCAAGAUUUUGGAGCCACUGGAGCAAAGAAGAAACUGGAGUGACCAUGGAAGAAGUGCCACAUGUCCUGGACCUCUGGAGAGUCCUGGGACCCACAGAUGUGAACGGAAUGAGGAAAGUGCUGUUGCUGUGGAAGAAGGCAAGAGGAGCCCCCGUCUUGGAGAGAACACUUGGCUACAACAUACAGUACUUUCCAGAAAACAGCACUAGUCUCACAGAGAUAAACAAUGUCACAAACCAGCAGUAUGAACUGCUUCUGACGGGCCAGUCAUACCUCGUGUCUGUGACUUCUUUUAAUUCCCUUGGGAAGUCCCAAGAAGCCGUCCUGAGGAUCCCAGCUGUCGGUGAGGACACCAUCCAGUGCAUCAGCGACAUGGAGGACUGCCUUGCGGAGCCCCUGCUGGUGCUGAAGUGGCAGAGCUCCGUUCCUGAGGUGGACACUUGGGUGGUCGAGUGGUUCCCAGAAACCGUCCAGUCCAAGUUCUCUGGCCUUUCCUGGGAAUCCGUGUCUCGGGUCACAAACUGGACCAUCGAGCGAGAUAAAUUAAAGCCUCUCGUGUGCUAUAAUAUAUCAGUGUAUCCAGUGUUGGGGCAACAAGUGGGAGAACCAUAUACAAUCCAAGUGUAUGCCAGAGAAGACGCUCCAUCAAAAGGUCCUAAGACCUGGGCAGAGAACAUUGGUCUGAAGACAGCCACAAUCAUAUGGGAAGAGAUUCCCAAGAGUGAAAGAAAUGGAUUUAUCAACAAUUACACCAUAUUUUACCAAGCUGAAGGUGGAAAAAUAUUCUCCAAGACAGUCAACGCCCGUGUCCUGCAGUAUGACCUGGAGUCCCUGACACGAAGGACCUCUUAUACUGUUUGGGUUGAGGCCAACACUCGAGCUGGGAGAAAGAGUGGGGACACAAUAAACUUCAGGACAUUAUCAAUCAGUAUCUUUGAAAUUAUCUGCCUAUCAUCUCUGGUCGGAGGAGGCCUUCUUCUGUUUAGCAUCUUCGCAGUGACUUCUGCUCUCAAAAAGCCAAACCGGUUGACUCGUCUGUGUUGUCCUGAUGUACCCAACCCUGCUGAAAGUAGUUUAGCCACAUGGAUCGGAGAUAAUUUCAAGGGGAAGUCAAGUCUGAAGGAGUCUGAAAACUCUGGGAACGCAGAAGGGAGGGUCCUAAAACCAUGUUCUGUCCCCACUGACCUCGUUGACAAGUUGAUGGUGAACUUUGAGACUUUUCUGGAAGUCGUUUCCACAGAGGAAGCUAGAAAAGGUCAAGAGAGCAUUUUGGGAGGAGAAGAGAAUGAGUAUGUGACCUCACCCUCUAGGUCUGACUGUCCCCCGGGGAAAAGUUUUAAGGAGCCCCCCGUUUUAACGGAGGAUGCUGCUCCUGGAGAGGCCUAUAACCAGUGUCUGGGAACAACAGAGGAGACAUACACAGAAUUCAACGAGCAGCUUCUGUCUUCCGGACACAGUCCAGAACGAGAGCCUCUCUGUGAGGAGCGAGCUCCGAAUCCAUAUCUGAAAAAUUCAGUGACAACCAGGGAGUUCCUUAUCCCAGAGCACCCCAAGAGAGAAAUCUAA